AUGUCUCUGAAUCCAAUCAAUAAAAGCGUCUUUGACGGCCUUGAUGAACCUAAAUCAGAAUCAGGAUGCACUUACUGCUGUUGGACUUGUAAUGAAGAUAAAGAUGAAACCAUUAGGUUAUUAAGCGGUGGUGAAGACUUUUUCGGUCGCCGUCGUGGUUUAACAAGAUAUGAUGUUAAAGAUGAAGAAUUACCACCUAAAGAUGUUGUAUCAGACACAUUAAAGAAAUCUCUAGGCGCUGGCUAUUUUGGAACAAUCCAUGAUUUGCCUUACGAUGAAGAUCACUAUAUAUUUAAGUCCUGGGAUUUAAAUGUUAUACCAUUUGAUCAUGAAUCUAAUAAAGAUGAAAUAAAACAAAGUGUCGAUAAGCUGAAAAGCUUCCACUUUGAUCAUCUGGUUGAAAUAUUUGCAUAUUACCGUGAUUUUGAAUUCCAUGGCGUACUAGAAGAAUAUUGCUCAAGUAGUUUAUAUAAACGCAUAAAAUCGAGAGAUGAUCAAAUUCUAACAUGCCUUCAAAGAUUCUCCAUUUUAAAUGAAAUUUUAGAUGGCCUUCACUAUCUGCAUAGUAAUAAAAUUGUUCAUAACAAUUUAACAAGUCGGAAUGUUCUUCUUAAUGGUUCCUCUUACAUUACCACAAAGCUAAGCCAUGGUGGCUACUAUAGUUUAUUACCCUAUGUUAAUAAGGGUAUGAAAGAUUGUGAUGAAGAUACACUAGCAAAGCAAGGGAAACUUGGAUACAUUUCCACUCAAGCUUUCGAUGGCAAAGUGAUUUCAUCAAAUGAUGUUUAUAGCUUUGGUGCAAUUUUAAUUGUCAUGAUUAGUGGCGAUGAACCAUAUUUGCCUGAUGAUGAUCCACAAUAUACACGUGAUUUAUUAUCGGAUCAUCAGCAAUGGAAUAAUUGGAGAUUGAAAGAUAGUAAAAUUAAAUGGGCAAAAAGAAAAUUUACAGUAACUAAAAGAACUUUUCGAAGAGAUUUACUUUCUUUGGCCAAUUAUUGUUUACAUGAUGACGAUCUAGAGAGACCAAGUUUAGACUGGGUAUACACGUAUAUACCAAUUAAGAAUAUUUUAGAGCAAUAA